UCGAAGCAAGGGAGGGGAAUUAUUUGGAUCCCUUCAUUCAAAAAAAAUGUUUUGACAGAAAAUACACCUACUGCUUCAAAGGCUACAAUAUCGCUCCGCAGACUGGAAACAUGUGAUGUUCUCCUCUCGGCGUUGGGGUGCCCGAAGAAAAGAGACAGACAAUCGUGCGGGCUUGCGAUCAUGAUGUUUCGGGAUCAAGUUGGUGUGUUAGCUGGGUGGUUCAAGGGGUGGAAUGAAUGCGAACAGACGGUGGCCUUGCUAUCUCUGCUGAAGAGGGUCAGUCGAACCCAGGCUCGAUUUCUUCAGAUUUGUUUGGAGCACUCGCUGGCCGAUUGCACUGAAAUCCACAUACUGGAGGGAGAGGCCAAUGAUGCUGCUUUCAUCAGUCAAUGGCAUCAAGACCCUAAGGAGAAGGUUGUUCUACAGCUGCUUUCCCAUCUUCCUCUACUUCAGCCUGGGAAUGUAGAAGCAAAGUCUGAGUACAUGAAGCUGCUGCAAAAGGUGCUGGCUUACUCAAUCGAUAGCAACCUGUUCAUAGAAGAGAGUAGGCAGCUCCUGUCCUAUGCACUAAUUCAUCCUGCCACCUCGCUGGACGACCGGAGUUCCCUGGCCUUAUGGCUAACUCACCUGGAGGAGCACAUGUCAAGCAACUACAGCUCAUCGGGUGUUGGGCGGGCAGACUCUAUCUACACAGGAGCGUACAACCAAAAUCAAAGACAGAAUGUUGAGGACAAGCUGAAUGAGUGGCAGAACCGAGCAGACAGUGGCAUGUGUGUGACUGUUCCUGCCUGGCAGGACAAGCCAAUGACCUGUGAGAAUGGGCAUUUGCCUCUGCAUACGUCUGUGUCAGUGCCAUCUGCAAUCAACAACAUUGGAAGCAAUACUAGUGCAGUUCUCCAAGGCCAAACUCAAACCAACCACAGCCCUCUGAAGCGCUCGGUCUCUCUCACACCGCCCAUCAAUAUGACAAACCAGUCGGUGGUCAGCGAGUGGAUGUCUCCAGAUGAUCUGCGCACCCGAGCGGUCUACGCCCCAUCGGACCACGCGCCACUGUCCCCACAGAGCAGCAUUGCCUCCUCCGGAAGUGGUGGCAGUGAGCAGACAGAGGAGCAGGGGUCAAGUCGCAACACGUUUCAGGAGGAGGGGAGUGGAAUGAAAGAUGUGCCCACUUGGUUGAAAAGUCUUCGGCUACACAAAUAUGCGUCGCUCUUCUCACAGCUAACGUAUGAAGAGAUGAUGAACUUGACUGAACACCAAUUGGAAUCUCAGAAUGUCACAAAGGGAGCACGGCACAAAAUAGCUCUGAGUAUUCAGAAAUUACGUGAGCGACAAGGUGUGCUAAAGUCAUUGGAAAAGGAUAUUCUCGAAGGAGGAAACCUGCGAAAUGCCCUUCAGGAGCUACAACAAAUAAUUAUAACUCCUAUCAAAGCCUACUCCCCACCUCAAAUGACCCUCAAAGAGGGGCAUGACAACUCUUCCAACAACUCUUCCAACAGUGCAGCUGGUCUGGGAACGGACAGCCGGGCAACAAAGGCAGCUGCCGAGAAGGAGUCAACAUCUGUCAGCUUUCAAUCCCAGAGCGUCCCAACGUGCGACGGAGAGUCCGCCGCAGCCCCCAUAUCUGAAGGUGACAUUCCUGGACAAUUCACCAGAGUCAUGGGGAAAGUGUGCACUCAGCUGCUAGUGUCCAGACCAGAUGAAGAAAAUAUAAGCUCUUACUUGCAGCUACUUGAGAAGUGCUUGGCACAUGAGGCAUUUACUGAAACACAGAAGAAAAGACUCUUCUCGUGGAAGCAGCAGAUGUUUAAGCUGUUCAGGUCCUUUCCUAGAAAAGCCUUACUGGAAAUGCCAGGUGUUCGCCAGAGAAGCUGGGGCUUUGGUCAGUCCAGUUCCCUCCCCACAGCCGGUUCUGUGGUUGGCGGCCUGAACCGACGAGGCCAGCGGCCGUUCCAGGUCCCUCCAAGGGGUCUUUCUGCAAACCGCAUGAAUCUGAUUGGCACGUCGGCUGCUAAUCUAGGUGGUGUUUCUCCAAGGCACACACUUAACCCACUGGCAAGCCAAGGCAGGCAGAACCUGUGGUUUGCCAAUCCUGGUGGCAGUAAUAGCAUGCCGAGUCAAAGUCGCAGCUCUGUGCAACGAACCUACUCUCUUCCUGUGCACACCUCUCCGCAAACCAUCCUGAUGUUCCAGCAGGCAGAAUGUCAAGUGCCAGUGACGGAACCGGAGAUUAACACGAGAUUGGAGUCCCUUUGCCUCAGUAUGACAGAGCAUGCCUUAGGAGAUGGAGUGGACAAGACGUCAACUAUUUAGUCCGCCGUAUUCCACUUGUGAACACUUGUUGAGAGACUGACAUUACACAACAGCUGCAGGAAAUGCCACUGAUGUUUGAUGGGGUCACUACACCUUACAAUGUAUAUUUUCGCUGAUCUUUAUUUAACCUCAGGGGAAUCAGACUGAAAGCCAAACUAGUUUCAGUCUGCUUCCCAUUAUAUUUUUUACUUUAACUUUUUUUUCCUCAGUAUCCAUCUGGUUAAAGGUUCAGCACCGGUACAAAUACAUUUAGCUCAACUUAAUUUAAAAAAAAACUGGGAACUAAUAUGAAAUUAGUGAUUGACAGUGCAAGGUGCUGAGCAGUGCUCAUGACAGAGGAGAGACGGGAACUCUUGGGCUGAUAUAAUGGUCUUAAUAGAAACCUGCAUGAGUUAAUUACUGUGUUGUUAUUCAGGUCUGGUACCGAUGCAUGCAGUACUUAGCAGCCGUGCAGGUCUGGAGUUUGUCUGUCUGUCACUAAUUUAACAGAAAAUCUCUGGUCAAAGUGAUGCAAGCAAGUUAACCAUUUAAGAAAUUUAAACUAUCUAAGAGAUGUUCUGUUCUGAAGCACGCAUUACUAGAUAAAACAAUGGUUGCAUUAGCGAAACCGCUCCAGCAUAUUCAUUGAGGAGCUGAAGAAAGUGGAGAAAAAUAACUGACAUUUUUUCUGGGGUUAUAUCUGUGCAUUUGUGCUUGUAUUGAUGGCAAAAAUACAUUUACACAACUCCAAUUUAGCACUGUUUGGACUGAAUUUACUCUUGUACUUUAUGGUUGAUAUCGUAUGUCCAGUUUUCUACUCUGUGGACCUGUAACAGGAGCCAACUGUCUCCUUUUCUGAUGGCCCCCUCACUUCUCACUGCCUUCCCAUCCAGCCCAUCCUGGUUGCUUUCAAUUUAACUAAGAUCUUGAAAGAGUCUUGCCCCAGAGCAUUUGGUUUAUUUUGGAAUUCCAUGAAGGCUUCAGUGACCUUUCAGGAAAAGGUUGGCUGAUUCUUGGAACACCAAGCAAGAGAUGCAGACCCUAGUUGAAAUUUCCAUAGUGGUGUUACAGUUUGGGGAAGAAAGUCCUGUAUUGGGUUGGCUAGUGAGGCUUUAAGGAGCAACACCUAGAAACAUGGAUAAACAGUCUGCAGAUGUUCUGGGACUGAAUCCAAUGGUUGAACUUCAAGCAGCUGAAGGAUUCUGUCAUUGACCCAUGAGACGUCAGUCUUUCAAAGCAUAAAGCAGGCAGUGCACCCCCUUUCCCCUUCACCUGUGUCCAGCCAUCUCCCUCAUUCUUCACGGCUUAUCACUGGCGCGUUAACCCCCUGAAACCCAGAGUGAAACUUUUUCACUUCCUGAACUUUUGGUCUUGUACCAGAGCAGCAGAAAAAGUCUUUCUACCAAGAUCUUAAUGUAUCCAACCCCAAAGUAUGCUUACCCCGCCACAUCCCAUUGAACAGUGACAUGUCAGGGAAAGACCAACAUCUGCAGGUUCACUUUAGCAACCAGCAAAAGGCAUUGGAGAGGGAGAAAACAUGUUCACGGAAAUAUUUCAGACCGAAAACUUCAACUUCCUGUGUUUGCAUCCUGAACGCAGAACUGUCUGCGUAAAACGGACGUGGAUAUUUCAUACUUGCAGACAAGUUUCUUCUUGUGCCUUUGAUAAGAAUUGUUUCAAUGUUACUACAUAUCAGUGGGAAUGUGGACUAAUUAAGCCAAAAAAUCAGUCUUGCCUCUGAACAGUUUCUCCCCCCAGUUAAACAAAAUGCAACAUCUGUUACCAAGGAAAAGAAAGUUCUAUUGUAAUGAUGAUGCUUUCAGAACACGAUAUUUCUUUUGAUGUAAAGAACGAUAAACUUUUUUUGCUGGAAAAAGUUAACAAAGCAAAGUAUUUGGGAGUCGUGUAUUUGUAACUUCCCAGUUGCUUAGUUACAUUUAAGAGUUCAUGGGUCAUAACUUUCUAGCAUGAGGCACAGAAUGGGGGAGGGGGGUGUGUAUGUUCAAAGCAAAAUGGUUUCAUGUAUAUAGUGAACGUAUGUAUGGAAAAGUGAGAAUAAUUCUUGAAAGGGUUUCAGUGCUAUAAGGGCCUGUUUAUAUGAAUCACUUUUUUUGCCUGGAGUCUUGUGGCUUCAGUAGUAAAAGGACUUUUAUGUGUUUACAUUUUAAGAGGGAAGAGGGGCAUGUAUAACACAGGCAUGGCUUUAAAUGACUUUGGAUUUCAGUGGUUCUCGUCAAGAGAAUUAUUCCAAAAUUGUCCAUUUGGUAAGAAGCUGUCGUGCACAAGGCGGCCAUCUCAAACGAUGGGACACUAUUGUUUGGGCUUGGUCAGUGAUACCGUGACGGUGGGAAAGAAUUGCCCUCACCUGCCGGCAGAAAUCCACUUUGUAAAAGAAAAAGGCAACUGUGGAAUUGGAGAGCCACAAAUCUACUUCUGUCUGUUUCACAAAUAAUCCACUUGAAUGGGACGCCAAAUCAUCCUACACAUAUUCAUGCUCUUCAGUCGCCAGGCUCCUGCAAAACUAUUUGCUUUGCUGAUUUCCAGCAUCAGCAAACUGAGGUACAUUUCCUUUGCAGCAUUCAAACAGAAGCAUAAUUUUGUACAAAAUUCCACAUUAGCAAGAAGAAUCUCAUUUGAAGUUUGUACCUUCAGAUCUAAACUGAGCACAAAAUGGUUAUUAGCAACAACUCCUCCUUCUACCCUGUUGCAGAGUCGCAUGGAUUGUAUUCUUGAAGUUUAUAUAACAAAUACCAUGGGGACAUUUUUUUAAGCCAGGGUGUAUGCCUGAGAGUUGGUCUCGGUUAUUCCAGUCAGCAUGCAGAGUGCACAGAUGCUCCUUGUCUUUUCCGUUUACUUUGUGGUUUAUCUUGACUUUGUCCAUCCUAAAUACACUGGGCACAGAACUAUCCUCUAAGCAAGAAUGUCCCCACUUCAUUUGCCUAUUUUUUGGUACUUAAGCUCCUCUCUUUCUAUGGAAGUGAGAUGCCCUUGGUGUUUUCUGUUGUUGUGUCAGCGCAUUUAAUUGGAGAGAGGGUGUCGUUUAGUUGUUUUGCUUGUUUGCUUUCUGGCAAAGGGUCUCUCGCUGUUUUCUGUGCUCGCCCUCUCUACCUGUGAUAGUCUAGACUCCAUUUGGGUGCUGAAGUUGUUUCUUUGGUACAGGGAACCCUACCCCAGCUGUGUUAGAGCAUGUUUACACUUGGGUCUGUUUAAACAUGCACCUUGAUAAAUUAUUUAAGUUAGGCUUCCAUCAGUCUCUGCUGAACCAGUACAUCUUGCCAUGAUUUCUGUUAAAUGUUAUUCAAACUGGAAGUGCGGCUGGUUCCUGUAAGAAUGCACAUGUUUGGCAAACAUCUUCCAAGUUACAACUCAAUGUUACAAACUCCAUGAAAGGACUUCACUCUUCAGUCAGCUUUAUUUUUCUCCUUAAAUGAGCUGUAACUCUCAACCUGUGCUGCGGCUCCUGCAUUGUAAGUGUGCCAGAACAGUAAGGUUAUCUGAAGCUUGCCUCUCGGGCUGUCCUAACUCCAUCAGUUCAGUCCCUGUCCCUACACGUUUGGACUCCAGUCACUCAUCCCUGGCUCACCAGCAUUGUCACCUCCGACCAAUCUGUCUGCAGGCUUUAAGGUCUGACCUGUGACCAUCUGGGAAAGAAGGACACUAGGCUUGCAUGAUCUAACCUCCUCAGCUGAAUUCAAAGGUACAAAACUGAGGACAGCUACCCAAGACAUUAAUCUAAGCCUUUCCACUGGCCAAAAUACUUCGUUCAUUAAAUAUUCUGACCUGUGGCAAAGUUGUUGAUGCUACCGGUCAUGACUAAACUUUGUAUAGGUUUAAUAUUCUAUUUAUAGUUCUCUAUGAAGGAUUUGUGUUCUUCUUUGGAAGAUAAAAGCAUACAGGCAGUGGUGAUUUGUGGAUUUUGUCACAGGGCUGCCAGAGAACAGCUUGGGGGAACACUUUGCCUCCUUUGUAAUGCAAGGUAACAUCCCAUGGCUCAGCUCGUUACAUGUUCAGCAAAAAACACAAAUUGUACCUUUUUUGUUGAAGUUGGAAUCUGAUGAAAGAUGGGCUGCUUUUCUGUCUGGAGAAUUCCAACAGCAAUCUUGAAUCACUCAUCUGUCUCUGAGGAGUUGCAUAGCUCUGUAUAAUCCAAAUUCAGUUAUUUACCUUGCUGCUUUCAGGCUGGUCCAGGACUAAUACCACCCUCCCCCACCCCCCACACUCACACUCACUGGGUAUCACAUUGUUCCUGCACAAGGUUCAACACUUGCUGGCUUCAUCCUGAUGGAUUCAGCCAGUAUAGUCCCUUUUCCCUAUUCAGUCAAAGCAAAAUGAGGACUAGGUUUAUAAAUAGCCCACAUUACUGUCUCGGGUGUAUUGGUGAGUGUUGGAGGUUUUUUUUGGGUAUCAACUGCUGCACAAUUGAUGAGGUGCUACUAUAGCAACAGUUUCCUGUUUCAGUGCAACACAAAAUGAGUGAUUUGAGCAGCCCCCUCCCCCACCCUGUAUGGUUCAGUCCUGCUCAUAAGUCUACAGCACAAGCUUGGGGGUCUGGUGUGUAUAGACCCCUUCAGGGAAGCAGUGCAUGGCUUUAAGUAACGUCUUCCUGAGCAACCACCUGAGUCUUUCCAUUUCAUACCUUUGCGGCAGCAUUUAGAUUAUUUAACUAAUUGAUUAAAACACUGCUAAAACCUAUUCGUAAUCUCUAGUUACAGGGAUAACUGUUUUCCGGUAUCCUGUAUAAAACACAGUGGCUUGGAAAUCAGUGCUUUGUCAUUUUGGUACUUUUAAAUAAUUCUAAACCUGCUGAAGACAGCGAUUUAAAAUGUAUGAAGUUUGAGAGGUUUGAUUAACACCAAGUUGGUUUGUCUGGAAUUCAAAAUCUGUCGACAGUAACUCGGACAGGAUGGAAUUGCGACCUCUUUCAGUGGAUGCCAAGCUGCACCUGAAUGAUUGGCAGGGCUUAUGUACUCGCUGCAAGAAUGGACUGGGGAGUGGACUACUCUAGACACCCUCCCAGAAGUAUUUAUUGGGGGGUGGGAAUGCAAGUCAGGAGGAUUUGCCUGCUUUUGACCUAGAUGUGACUGGGUUCUGUGCCUUUUGUACUGUGUGGUGUACGUCAAGCGGGGCAUCUGCUUAACUAUAGAUUUGGGGUUUAAGAUCUGGAAUGAGUCACACCAGAUGGGGGUCUAAGCCAAAGUCAUUUAAAGUUUGUUGUGUUUCAAACUUCACCCUUUUUUUUACAAGCUACGAUACAUGUUUAAAACACAAGUUAAGUAACCUUUUUUUCUAUUACACGAUUAUUAUUAAAAAGCCUUUGCAGCAGGUUUGCUUCCUCGUGUAAAAGGGAAGUUGUACUUCUCGAGACAGAAUUGGAUGGGGUAUGGGAGGGGAGGGGGGGAGGGCUUGAUGUAUAAAGAAAUGGCGGAAAUACUGAAGUAAAGUUGGAGCUGGUGUUGAAGAGAUUGAGGUCUGUAGCAGCGAUGUUUGCUGCUGGGCAGGGAGGGGAAAUUUAAUAGCCAAACUUUGGAAUAUGCCUGUUCCUUAAAUAUUUACUUUUCCAAGACCGGAACGGACUCAUUCCUGGUUUCUAAGGUUUCACUUGUUCCCUUUCUUUUAGCACCUUGGCAAUCAAAUGUGUUGGGAAAAUAUCCAUUUCUGGGAGGGCGUUGCUCAACUGUGGGGCCUUUUACCUCCUGCAUGUAACUUCCAGUCCUGGAUAACAGGCAGCAGGUUGUUUCAUUGUGGUGUAGCCAUUCAUUUACCUCAGCCUGAUUUAACCCCACAGGAUCCUGUCUUGUUCACGAAGCUACUGGUAACUGCACCUCACCCACAGAAAUCAGAACUUCCACAAAUGUGACACUUCAGCUAGCCAUGGGCUGGCAUUAGUUGGGAACUGAGUAAUUAACAGGCUUCCUAGGCCUCCCAGUCAGUUUCCUUCAGUCCAGUAAGGGCCAGUCUGGGUGUUGGGUGUGAAUAGUGUUGGGCCGAGCCACAGUAUUCAGCCCAUGUGUUGACGCUUGCCCACUUGGUUAUCUGAUCAACUGGCUGGCUGCUGUAUGACAGAAGAGGAAUAAAAUAUUACUGUCCCAGUCCUUGUUUUGUUUUGUGUGUUGAUGGGAGUUGGGGGGUGGGGAAGAAUUCAGUGAAAUUUGGACUGAGCAACUUUCGGUGGAAUAAAACUUAAAAGGCACUCCUCACACCUGUUCUUUUUAAGUUUAAAAAAAAUUGAAACAAAUUGAGUUCUUUACCCUUGUUGAUUCUGGAAUUUGACUUUAAUAUUAAUUUGCUAAAUUUCAAAAAUAUCCACCCCUAUGCAGGCUGAAGCCUCUCUGUGAAACCAGGAAUCUCAGCUCUGGUGUAAAGUUAUGACAUCCCUUUGUGUUCUGUCUGAUGCCACGAAAAUAAUUUUCUUACUAAACAAUAAAUAUGCAAAAGUG